UUGAUUUAAAAUAAAGUGUGCACAAAUGCUUUCUAUUUUGCUAAAUAACUCUCCUCUUUUUAAUUUCAUUAAAUUAAAAAGACCGGCAGACUUACAACUAAGAAAUAUAAAGAAACAUACUGGUGUCUGUUCCACUCAAACAUACACCACUUAUGUUGCUUAAUACAUGCAGCUACGAAUGAUGACUAUCAUUCGUAGUCAUCGUAGUCAAAUAAAUGAAAGAAGUAAAAAAUUGUUGACAAAGCUGCUUAUCAAAAAACAGGUCAGUCAGAUCAAUGAACUUCUAAAUGUAGCUUAUCAAGAGCUAAAAUAAUGCACCGUUGACAGACUUAACAAAAAAGAGAAACAGAUGAAGGAAGUUCAUGAAUAGAAUUAUGAUAUGACUGAGUAUAAAAGCACAAACCUCUCAGAGCUGCAUCAAGGUCUGCAUACUGAUUUUUAAGAUGAGGUUGCUGCUCUUAAUGGGAAUGCUGACAGCAUGUGCUGCAGUAACCCAAGAUCUGUCUGGCAAGAUGUUCACCUUCCCUCUUGAAACCAACACAACUCUUGUGAAGCUAAAAACUACAAAACGGGAUUUUAAUGCAGUAACUGUUUGCCAAAGAUCCUUUACAGACCUCGAAAGGUCCCACGUCCUAUUUUCUCUUGCCGUACCCACUUUUUCCAAUGGCUUUUUGGUUUUUUGGAAUGGCGCUGAUAAAGAACUGCUGAUCUUUACUCAGAAUAUAUAUGCAGAAUUUGGAAAAACUGACUACAAGCUAAACACGUGGCACUCUAUCUGUGCCACAUGGGACUCCACAUCUGGAUUGGUGCAGCUGUGGUUGGAUGGACUACCAUCAGUUAGAAAAUUUACCCGCUCUGGAUCAAAUAUCAGAGGAUCUCCCAUAAUUCUGUUAGGACAGGAGCAGGACAGUCAUGGCGGUGGGUUUGACGUCAAGCAGUCUUUGGUUGGGAUGCUGUCUGAUGUCCACAUGUGGGAUUACGUUCUCUCUGGCUGUGAGAUCCAGAAAUAUGUGGAUGAACGAAACUUCACUCCAGGAAAUGUGUUGAACUGGGCGGCUCUGGAUUAUGAGAUAGUAGAAAAAGUGAUGGUAGAGAAUAAAGCAACGCUUUGUACUUAAACUGUUAAAUUAAUACCAUGACUUGCAAAAAGUCCCAAUCACAAAACAGUGCCUUAUAUUAAAUCAUUGCUCUUUUUAUUCUUUUUUGUUGUUGUUGUUGCUUCUUUUGAGACAUGCUUGCUAAAUAACACCUACCCCCACCCACUCACAUUCUCUGGCGAGCCAAGCACUGAUUGAGUAUGAGACACUGUUUUCCUGUCACACAACCAGCCUAACAGAAUGCUUUAUGUGGUGUGACGGAGAGGUAAACUGUAACUAUCUGUCCUUAUAAAAGCAU